UACUACAGUGUGUGUGUUGAGGAGGUCGGCAGUGAGGAGGAGAGUACCGGAGAGGAUGCUGGAUGCUGAGACGGAGCUGCUGGCGUUACACUUUCUGUCACAGUGAAGCAGCUCUCAACCUGCCUGGAAAGAAAGAACAACAGCACAUCUGUUCGGACACCUCAGGUUUAGGUGGACGAUGAACAUGUCUGGCGGCCCCCCAGGGGAGGAGCUCACGGAUGAGGAGAAGGAGAUAAUCAACAGUGUGCUGGCUCGUGCGGCCAUGAUGGAGAGCAUGGAGCAGGAGAGGAUUGAGCGUCUUUCCAGUCGCCUGGAUAAUAUCAAGAAGACAGCGUGUGGUGACGGCCAGUCGCACUGCCUGUUGUGUGGGACGUCUUUUGGACCGCAGGGGGUCACGGCUGUCCUCUGUGUGCAGUGCAAAAAACACAUGUGCAGCAAAUGUGGGAUCUGGAGUAACAGCAGGGCAUGUCCUAUGUGGCUGUGCAGAAUCUGCAGCGAACACCAAGAGAUACAGAAGCGUUCAGGAGCUUGGUUCUUCAAGGGUCGAGACCAGAAGGCUCUGCCUGACCCGCUCCCUCUGUCCAGACCUCGACAGUCCAGCACCGACAACAGCUCUGCUCCAGCAGGCCACAGUGGACCACAGAAACCUACAACACAUCGUCAGCAAGGAAAUGAGCUCAGAGCCGAGGCACAGCAGCAGCAGUCCUGUGGAUCAGAACAAUGGGAGCAGACAGCAAGAACAACAGCCGACAGCUAUAAUGAGAGUCAGUCCCCUCCGGCAGCUGUAAUGAAGACUGAGAGACACAUGUUAGCCUCCAAGCCACCUCGGGCAAACGCACAGCAGGCCGCCCCCACCUCAGCUCCUGCUGCAGAUGUGGCGCGGUCAGUGAGGGAAGAGACAGUGUCUCCUCCAGCCGUGGAGGAAAAAAGACAACCUGUUGUCACCAAUUCACAUGUUCCUGCAACCAGAAAUAUUCCACCUGUUAAGGUACCAGUCAGCAACCCUGCUCCCACACGACCCCCACCGGAUCGAACAGAGGACGAGGACAACGACUAUGACUCAGAUGAUGCCACCACUCUGGGAUCUCUGGAGUUCAGUCUCCUUUACGAACAGGAGAACCAUGCCCUACACUGUUGUAUCGUUAAAGCGAAGGGUUUAAAGCCAAUGGACUCAAAUGGACUUGCUGACCCGUAUGUUAAGCUGCACCUCUUACCCGGAGCCAGUAAGUCUAACAAGCUCCGCACCAAGACACUUAAAAACACUCUGAAUCCAGUGUGGAAUGAGACUCUGGUAUACCACGGUAUCACUGAUGACGAAAUGUCACGCAAAACUCUCCGGCUUUCAGUGAGUGACGAGGACAAGUUUGGACACAAUGAAUUCAUAGGAGAGACUCGAGUUGCCCUGAAGAAACUGAAGUUUGACCAGAAGAAGAACUUCAGUGUUUGUUUAGAGCGAGUGAUCCCGGUGAAGAAGGCUGUAGGAGGUCCAGCCCGUGGCAUGGCUCUCUAUGAGGAUGACCUGAAUGAAGGUGAGGAUUCAGAGGAGAGGGGUCGUAUCCUGGUGUCACUGACGUACAACAGUCAGCAGAGUCGUCUGAUGGUGGGCGUGGUCCGCUGUGCUCACCUGGCUGCCAUGGACUCCAACGGAUACUCAGACCCAUUCGUCAAAGUAUGUCUGAAACCAGAUAUGGGGAAGAAAGCUAAAAACAAGACACAGAUCAAAAAGAAGACGCUCAAUCCAGAGUUUAACGAGGAAUUCGGUUAUGAAAUAAAACAUGGUGAGCUAGCCAAGAAAACCCUUGACAUCUCAGUCUGGGAUUAUGACAUGGGAAAAUCCAACGAUUUCAUUGGAGGAUGUCAGUUGGGCAUCCAGGCUAAAGGAGAGUGUCUGAAGCACUGGUACGAAUGCCUCAAGAACAAAGACAAGAAGAUCGAGCGCUGGCAUGUCCUGUUAAACGACAACACUGUCCAGUUUGAGGAUUAAAAACGUCUACUGCUCGUCUAUUUUCUUUCUCCAUCUUUCUCCCUGUAGAAUAUUGUCUUCCAGUGAGCACAGGUAGACGAAUAUUAUCCUCUUGCUUUGUGGUUUGUCCCAAAGUGCAAUGUGCAAGCUACGUUUCCAACAGUUUUCAGGUGACCAACAUGGAUGUUGACCUUGGCGCUUUGUAAUAAAGAGUGACUACUACACAAAACCAUAAAGCUCUCAUUUAGCCCUUUUCACCGCUAUCAUAUCGUAAACUACAUCGUAUGAUACAUAAACAGCAAGCGGUAAUGAUUGAAUAGAGUAAUUAUCAUAUUUUAUGGAGAAGAUAAAGCCCUUGUUAUCAUCAUCAUUAAGACAGUAUGUUGUGACAAAGUGUGCCUCCACGCUCAGACCCAACAGAGGGAAUUCCCAGUUUUCUGUCUCCGACCUCUUUUCCCACGUGUUGAUCUGUGCUCCUGUCGUAUGAGAUCAUGUAACAUGCCAUCAGCUGAUCUACGUGACCACGUUUGUUUGACUGUUGCAACACCAAAACAUUAAUUUCACUCGUGUUCUUGUGCAUAAUUACUGUGCAUCAUGAAUAUGUUAAAUAGUCAGUGGGACACUUGCAGAUGUUUGGUUACUAAAAUGACGUGAAUGCUCUUUUUGUUGUUGAUGUGAAAUGCAUUUUGCUUUUUGAUACAGAUAACAUGUUGGUCUCUUUAUCGCCACUGUCACUACGUCACCUUCAGCUGUGCAUGUGCGAGCUCUCUGUCGGUCCUCUGGAGAAGGCCCCAAAAUGCUUCUGCAUGACGUUUUAUUAUGAAGAACAAAUUCUAUUAUGCAAACCGUUCCAGAAAGAGAGAUAUAUCAGAUCUGCACAAGUGUUUUCAGCUAAAUAACAUUUUGCUCUCUGUAUCCAUAUUGAUGCAUGUCUGAACCCAUGUUGUAGCAUACA